GGUCCCAGCGUGGAGGAGGAAGCCGUCCGAGAAAGUCCGCAUCCCCACACAAGACAAGACGGGACGUAUUAGCCAAAGCAAAGGAGGAGAGUGAUUUCAGUUGUCUUCGAAAAGCUUUACAUGGGGGAUAAGAAAUGACAUCUACCGCGAGCGAGAGGAGGGCGUUUGCUCAUAAAAUCAACCGGACGGUGGCUGCAGAAGUCAGAAAACAAGUUUCCAGAGACUAUGGCUCUCCUCAGCUGUCCAAGAAACGAGGCGCACACCAACCUUUGCCCCUGACGGAGGUGGUUGAGCCUGUGGACUUCGAGGAGUAUGUGAGCAGUCACGCUCCGGGGGUGGAGCCCGGCCCGCUCAGGCAGCUCAUGGAGUUCCCCCAGGACGACCUGGAGCUCCUCCCGCUGGACAAAGAGUGCAUUACACUGGAGCCCCCACUGCCUGAGGAGGAAGACUCUCUAGAUCCCAGAGUGAGAGAUGCCUUGGCAGUCUACACAGAUGACUGGCUCGUCAUUCAAAGGAAAUAUCAGCGCUACAGCACCACGUACAGCCCUCAGAGCUCUGAGCGGCAGAGGGAGAGGCAGCGAGGGCUGCACAAACAGACCUUUGAGCUGGACGAGGCUGCUGCGGAGCGCCACGACGACCAGGAUGAUGCAAAGCGGCGUUCAGUCAGCCUCGAUGAGACUCCUCGGGGAAGCUGGGCCUCCAGUAUUUUCGACUUGAAGAAUUCCUCCCCAGACGCGAUCCUGCCGUCUGUGCUGGAGCGAGCAGCCGCCGAGGACAUGGACCGCCGCAAUACUGAGGCCCGCCUGCAGGGGCGCCACAGCGACCUGCUGGGCCUCUACCCGCCCCCCGAUGAGGAUGAAGCAGUAGAGAGAUGCUCUGCCCCUGAAGUGCCCAAGGAACACUGUGGCCAGAGGAUCAUGGUUAAGUGUCUGUCUCUGAAGUUUGAAAUUGAAAUUGAGCCAAUAUUUGGAACACUUGCCCUGUAUGACGUCAAGGAAAAGAAAAAGAUCUCUGAGAAUUUCUACUUCGACCUGAACUCAGAUCAGAUGAAAGGAAUGCUUAAACCCCACACACCUCACGUAGCCAUUUCCACACUGGCCCGUUCUGCCAUUUUCUCCAUCACCUACCCUUCGGCCGAUAUCUUCUUGGUCAUUAAGCUUGAGAAAGUCCUUCAACAAGGAGACAUUGGAGAAUGCUGUGAACCCUACAUGGUUAUGAAAGAGUCUGAUUCCUCCAAGCACAAGGAGAAGCUGGAGAAGCUGCGUCUGCAGGCAGAACAGUCAUGUAGUCGUCUCGGCCGUUUCCGCAUGCCUUUCGCCUGGACGGCCAUUCACCUGCUCAACAUCGUCAGCAGUGUGGGGGGUCUGGAUCGCUCGGACCCUGACUCCGACUCUGAGCGAAAAGGCCACGGAACAUGGAAUGACAGAAAGAAAAAGGGGUGCGAGCGGAUGAGUGUUGGGGACGACAUGUGUAACUUUGCCACUUUCCGUCCAGCAACAUUGACCGUCACCAACUUCUUCAAACAGGAGGGGGACAGACUGAGUGAUGAAGACCUCUACAAGUACCUGGCAGAUAUGCGCAGACCAUCAUCUGUUCUGAGACGACUGAGGCCCGUCACAGCCCAGUUGAAGAUCGACAUCUCCCCCGCUCCGGACUCGCCUCACUACUGUCUGUCCCCGGAGCUGCUGCACGUGAAGCCGUACCCCGACCUGCGUGUGCGCCCGACCAAAGACGUGCUGGAGUUCCCUGCUCGCUACGUAUACACCCCUCACACAACCUAUAGGAAUCUCCUCUAUGUUUACCCACAAAGUCUGAACUUCAGCAGUCGUCAGGGGUCCGUGAGAAACAUCGCUGUGAAGGUUCAGUUCAUGGCCGCAGAGGACCCAAGUCAAGCUCUGCAGGUCAUCUUUGGGAAGUCCAGUAGUUCCGAGUUCAUGCAGGAUGCGUACACUCCCAUCAUCUACCAUAACAAAUCUCCUGAGUUCUAUGAGGAGAUAAAGAUGAAGAUUCCUGCCAAUCUAACAGACAACCACCAUCUCCUGUUCACCUUCUACCACAUCAGCUGCCAAACCAAACUGAACACCCCCCUGGAGACGCCUGUGGGCUACACUUGGAUCCCUCUGAUGCAGCAUGGCCGACUGCGCACCGGCUCCUUCAGUCUGCCUGUGUCUGUGGAGAAGCCCCCGCCCAGCUACUCUGUACUCACCCCUGACGUCCAGCUCCCAGGCAUGAAGUGGGUGGAUAACCACAAAGGAGUGUUCAAUGUGGAGGUGACGGCCGCCUCCUCGGUCCACACUCAGGACCCCCACCUGGAUAAGUUCUUCACUCUAGUGUAUGUUCUGGAGGAGUACUCGUUCCCCUUCCGCCUGAAGGACGUCAUCAUUACCGAGGCAAACAUGGAGGGGGAGCUGAAGGCCAGCAUGUCUGCCCUGAGAGGGGCUCUGCUGGAUACCUGUGUCAGGUUCCUGCACCAGCUGCUCAACAAGCUCAUUCAGCUCAUCGUCUACCCACCGGUCAUCGCGGGCCAAAUCGUGAACCUUGGCCGGGCUUCCUUCGAAGCGAUAUCUCUGUUGGUCAACCAGAUCCACAAGAACCUGGAGGGGAACCAGGACCAGCACGGCCGCAACAACCUGCUGUCGUCCUACAUCCACUACUGCUUCCGCCUGCCGACCGCCGAACCUCCAAUACCCGCAACGGCUGGCAAGCAGGCCUACGACAUACCGAUGCAGUAUGCCACCUUAUCGAGAGUGACAGCCCGGCCGAGCAGCCUCCACCUGGCCCGCUCCAAGAGCAUCAGCAACUCCAACCCCGACCUGGCCAGCACUCCGGUGUCUCCUGACGAGGAGGUGCAGAGGAUCAUCGGGAGCAAGGGCAUUGACCGCUCCCACUCCUGGGUAAACUCUGCUUAUGCCCCCGGGGGCUCCAGAUCUGUGCUGCGCCGAAACCCCAACUCCAGCUGUGAGCUCAAGCAGGCAAGCGACCGCAGCUGCAAUCGCAUGUCUGCCUUUCUGGACAGCGUGGCCUUGUUUUCAGUUCCCCCAAGGCAGAUUACCAAGAAGCUGCUCCAUGAGGAGCUGUCACUGCAGUGGGUGGUGAGCACCAGCACGGUGAGGGAGGCAGCGCUUCAGCAGGCCUGGUUCUUCUUCCAGCUUAUGACAAAGAGCAUGUCCCACCACUUGUUCCUGACCUCCAAGUUGGACGUUGCCCGGCGUCAGCGUUUCCCUGACCGCUUUGUGGACGACGUCGCUGCACUUGUGUGUGCCAUCAGUGCAGACAUCGCCAAUCGAUACCACAAGGAUGUGGAGCUUGUGGAGAGGUUGAAUAGCAGUCUGGCUUUUUUCCUGAAUGACCUGCUGUCUCUCAUGGACCGGGGCUUUGUGUUCAACCUCAUCCGCUCCUACUACAAACAGAUUGCCAACAAGCUUCACACGGCGCAGAACCCCAGCUCUCUGAUUGCCCUGAGGGUGGACUUCACUCGCAUCGUGUGCAGCCACGAGCACUACGUCAUCCUCAACCUGCCGUGCUCCACUCUCAGCCCCCCAGCCUCCCCCUCCCCCUCCACCUCCUCCACCACCUCACAGAGUUCAGCGUUUUCCAGUAUGGUGCAGGACCAGGGUGUGGCCACCAUGUUUGAGCUCUCCGUCCCUUUCCGCCAGCAGCACUUCCUGUCUGGCCUGAUGCUUACUGAACUCUCCCUCAUCCUUGAUCCUGAAGGAGAAGGGGUGUUUUUCCUUCAUAAAAAGGCCAUUAGUGCUGUUCACUCCCUGCUGUGCAGCCAUGAUGCAGACCCCCGUUACACCGACCCUCAGGUCAGAGCCCACAUCGCUCAGCUCUACCUGCCACUCGUCCCCAUCGUCAUGGAGACGUUCCAUCAGCUCCACGACUUCUCUGACUCCUCGCCUGCUCGGGGGCGCCAUAGCACAGCCCACGCCGACGAUACUGACCCAGACAGCGGUAGCACUAUCAGUCAGUCUGUUGCCAUGGCGAUUGCCGGCUCCCCUUUGCCGCAUGUCAAAGCCAACCCGUUUGCGCUGCCCACAGCGGCUGGGCGCCAGUCCAGCUCUCUGUCUGCCGAGUGCAGCAGGACUCUGCUGGUGAGCUUCCUGUGGGUGCUGAAGAAUGCAGAUGCUGCUCUCCUGGAGCGCUGGGUGUCGGAUCUGUCUGUGCUGCAAAUCAACCGCCUGCUGGACCUGCUGCAUCUCUGUGUCUCCUGCUUUGAAUACAAGGGGAAAAAGGCUCUGGAGAGAAUCAACAGCCUGACGUUUAAAAAGUCCCAGGACAUGAAGGCCCGACUGGAGGAGGCCAUUCUGGGCACCAUCGGGGCUCGUCAGGAGAUGGUCCGCCGCUGCAGAGAAAGGAGUCCCUACGGCAGUCAGGAGAACGUUCGGUGGCGGAAGAAUGUCACGCACUGGAGACAAAAUACAGACAGAGUCGAUAAGACUAAAGCUGAGAUGGAGCAGGAGUCAGUGGUGGAUGGAAACUUAGCGACAGAGGCCUCUCUGGUAGUACUGGACACUCUGGAGAUUGUUGUCAAGACUGUGGUGGCCUCGGAGCUGAAGGAGAGUGUUCUGGGUGGAGUGCUGAGAGUGCUCCUCCACAGCAUGGCAGGCAACCAGAGCGCCCUCUUCCUGCAGCACUGCUUCACUACACAGAGGGCUCUGGUCUUCAAGUUCCCAGAGAUGCUGUUUGAGGAGGACACGGAGCUCUGUGCCGACCUGUGCCUGCGUCUCCUCCGUCACUGCGGCAGCAGCGUCGGCUCGGUCCGAAGUCACGCCUCCGCCUCUCUGUACCUGCUCAUGAGGCAGAACUUUGAGAUAGGAAAUAACUUCGCUAGAGUGAAGAUGCAAGUCACAAUGUCCCUGUCGUCUCUGGUGGGAACGUCGCAAAACUUCAACGAGGAUCAUCUUCGUCAUUCGCUCAAGACGAUCCUGACGUAUGCUGAGGAGGACCUGGAGCUGCGAGACACGCCUUUCCCAGAGCAGGUCCAGGAUCUGGUGUUCAACCUGCACAUGAUUCUUACUGACACUGUAAAAAUGAAAGAGCAUCAGCAGGAUCCAGAGAUGCUCAUUGACCUGAUGUACAGGAUCGCAAAGGGCUACCAGAACUCCCCUGACCUGCGCCUGACGUGGCUCCAGAACAUGGCGGGGAAACACUCUGAGAGAGGGAACCACGCUGAGGCGGCCCACUGUCUGGUCCACAGCGCAGCGCUGGUGGCAGAAUACCUCAACAUGCUGGAGGACUGCCGCUACCUGCCCAUCGGAUGUGUCACCUUUCAGAAUAUUUCCUCGAACGUAUUGGAAGAGUCAGCUGUGUCCGAUGACGUCCUGUCUCCAGAGGAGGAGGGGAUUUGUGCUGGGAAGUACUUCAGUGAGUCCGGCCUGGUGGGCCUCCUGGAGCAAGCAGCUGCCUCUUUCAACAUGGCCGCCAUGUACGAGGCCAUAAAUGAAGUAUACAAGAUUCUGCUGCCCAUCCAUGAAGCCAACAGGGACUUCAAAAAGCUGGCGACUGUCCACGGGAAGCUGCAGGAUGCCUUCAACAAAGUCUACAACCAAAGUUCGGGAUGGGAGAGAAUGUUUGGGACCUACUUCCGGGUGGGUUUCUAUGGCUGCCGGUUUGGAGACCUGGAUGAACAGGAGUUUGUCUACAAGGAGCCAUCCAUCACCAAAUUAGCCGAGAUCUCCCACAGACUCGAGGAGUUCUACGCAGAGAGGUACGGGGAUGACGUAGUUGAAAUUAUCAAGGACUCCAACCCAGUGGACAAAAACAAACUGGAUCCCAACAAGGCCUACCUCCAGAUCACCUACGUCGAGCCCUUCUUCGACACAUACGAGCUAAAGGAAAGAAUCACGUACUUUGACAAGAACUACAACCUGCGUACUUUCAUGUACUGUACUCCCUUCACUCUGGACGGCCGGGCCCACGGAGACCUGAACGAGCAGUACAAACGCAAAAGCAUCCUCACAACGUCUCACGCGUUCCCUUACAUCAAGACACGCAUCAACGUUAUCCACAAGGAGGAGAUCAUUCUUGUCCCCAUGGAGGUGGCCAUUGAGGACAUGCAGAAGAAGACUCAGGAGCUCGCCUUCGCUACAAACCAGGACCCUGCAGACGCCAAGAUGCUGCAGAUGGUGCUGCAGGGCUCUGUGGGCACCACCGUCAACCAGGGCCCCCUGGAGGUGGCGCAGGUCUUUCUCUCCGACAUUCCUGAUGACCCAAAGCUGUUCCGUCAUCACAACAAGCUGCGCCUCUGCUUUAAAGACUUCACAAAGAGGUGUGAGGAUGCCCUGAGGAAGAAUAAAUCGCUGAUUGGGUCGGAUCAGAAGGAGUACCACAGAGAGAUGGAGAGGAAUUACAAUAAACUGAAAGAAUCUCUGGGUCCUCUCAUCAACCGCAAGAUCCCCCAGCUAUACAGGAGCCUGCCAGCUCAGACUACGCAAGCACAACGGAACUCCUACAGUAGGUCCAGUCUCCGCAGAGUGGACUGUUGAGGCCCGCCAACUGGACAACAACAGAAAAAACAAAAAAAGAUUUAUAAAUUAGCCUCCUCUCGUCCCGUCUGUUCCCCCUCCCCCCACUGUAUGGCUCACCAACUGUCACAAGCACACGCGCCGCCCUCUCCCUCGUCCAGCUCGUUAUUUUAAGGCCCACCCAGACACGCCAUAAUCCCCCCCCCCCAUCCUCCCCAGCACUGCCACCACACACACACUUGUCACCUCUCUCCCUGCUAAGCCAUCUCCCCCGUCACCGGCACUCUCACACCUCUGUAGGAGAAAACCUCGGAUGUUUAUUCUGGAAGGGUAUCUGCACUGUAAACAUCGACAUGUGGAGCGAGUCUCCGACAUGUCAGUGUUUUUAAACCAAGCUUUCAGAAGAAGUCUCCUUACAGUAAUCUCUCUGAGCUUGAUCUGCUUUUAACUUAAGUUUUUACAGGACAUGCGUUGCCAAACACAUUUUGCAUCCAAAUCGUUUGGGGGUUUGUGCAUGUUUUCCUUUUGCUUCUUGUGUUUGCUUUCGAAGACGCUGUGCUUCGUCUGUCUUGUGUCUUGGCCUUAUUUCAUUAAGAAGAGUUUUUUUCUAAACUAUGCCUGGUUGAAGUCACUGCCAGACUUUGGUUAUUAAAUAGUCCCAGGGAGUUUUCUUUUGUUGUCAACAGACCAAAUAACUGACAUUCCUCAUUCCUCAAGAUGUCACAUUUAUCUGCCUAUCGCUCGUUAUAAGAAUUCAUUAAAGAGCAGAGCCGGGCUCCUUCGCUGCCAGCUCAGGUCUCAGUCCCAGCCUGAACUGUCCUAGCAAUUUUAGGAGGGAAGGGAUAUUUAAAUGUUUUUAAAACUGUGAAAUUCUCUUGUAAUGCACUGCAGUCACAUCAGAUGUUUAUCACAGAAGCAGGCCAUCUCCUUCGCCCACACAUAUGUCUAAACUGUGACAUGUUAUUAUCCCACUACAGUACAGACUGAUAACUGAAUACAUUUUGUAUUUAAUGCUGUCCAAAGGAACUUCAAAUGUCUCAUAUGUGUCCAACACCCCGGUUGUGGCACAUUUAUAUUCAUUGUAGCUAUUUCCAACUACUGUAUCUAUUAUAUUGCACUAUUGUAAACAAACUGCAGCACAUUAACACUGUAACUACUAAAAUGUCCGUGCUUUUGUUAUUUUACAAGGCUGGAAACUGUUUUUUUUACCAAUUAGAUCAACUUUUUUUAUUUAUUUACAAUGUCUUUUUUCUACUGCUUUCUAUUAAAUGUUUCUUCCAAUG